UUUUUGUAGACAUUUAAAAAUGGCAGCCUCCAGUGUUGAAGCGAGAGAGCAUGCACAAAAUUUGAUUGCCAAGAAAGAUGAAAUGGAAGCAGAAAUUAAGGCUUUGUUCGAGGUUUUAGAAUCUCAAAGUGGAGUUGGUAUGACCGGGCCAUUGAUUGACGAGGAGGGCUACCCUAGGAAUGAUAUUGAUGUUUACUCAGUAAGAACAGCCAGGCAUGAGAUCAUAUGUUUGCAAAAUGACCACAAAGCUCUGAUGGUAGAGAUAGAACAGGCUCUACACACACUACAUGGUAUUGAGAGACAACAAAGAGAACAAGGUACUUACAAUCCCAUUGCAAACGGGUCCAGUAAUGGAGCUGCUUCAAUCCCAUUUGCUAAAGUGGACCUGGUUUCACAAGGAUCUCCUGCAGAGAAAGCUGGUGUAUGUGUUGGGGACAGAAUCACAGAGUUUGGUUCGGUGACCUCUGCAAACUUCAAGAGUAUCAGAGACAUAGCUCCAGUAGUGCAGCACAGUCAGGGGAAAGCUGUCCGUAUUGUAGUCCUGAGAGAGGAGGAUAAAGUGGUCAUCUCCCUGACCCCACAAACAUGGAGUGGUAGAGGUCUCCUUGGGUGCAACAUCAUUCCAAUCAGAUAGACAGAGGUGGAGUCCAGGAUUGUAAAAAGAACUCUGUGAAAAGAACUUUGAAUGUUCAUGUAGCAUCCCUCCUUAGUUCUAAGUGAUCCAAGACCUGGGAGUGAUUCAUGUCCUGCACUGUCCUUCAAAUAUUCCAAGCAUCUUCGUCUUGACCAACAGCCUCAGACAUCUACUCCUGGAUGAUCACCUUCCUCGGACAACUACCCCUUCUGGACACCAUGCCCACAUGGAAAAGCUAUUCAUCAUAUCAAAGGGUCAGUGACACAAAGAUGUAACUCCAUUUUGGCCAGUUUGAAAAAAGUGGUUUAUGUGUCACUGAGCACUUGGGCCUUGAGUUAAGU